AUGAUAAUGGCGUGGGUGUGUGAGCGUGCAUCCAGGCAAUGCCUUGUGACAGGUUUCACCAGGUGUCACAUCCUGUCCACUCCGCCAGGUGCAAGGUGAACCCUCGUUUUUCAGCCAUGGCCUUCCCCAAGUGCAGGAUUUGGAAUUUGCUGCUUGUCCUCAUGCUCGCCGUCGUGGUUUUUGUCGUGCAUCAGUCAGAAUUUUCCUUUGACAUCAGUCCACCUAUCUGGACCACUUUCUCAAGGAAAUUGGAUCUGGUCGUGGCGGGCCGUUGGUCCGGGACGAAUCCCACCGGCUGGGCUCAGGAGGUUAACCCCCCGGUUUUCAGUAAAGCCAAGUACAACUCAACAGUGACAUUAAUGCGCCCCACAAAGGUAGAAAGUGAGCAAGGAACCAAUCCAGAGACCCCCAUGCCCAUCCUGCUGCCCAAAAACUUCUCAGAGUCUCCAGUGUGGGAUUUUGACGACGUUUACAACCAGGAUGCUGCACCCAGACAGUCGACGUGCCAAGAAUCCGUCAGGGAUUCCCAGGAUGAGAGCUUCAGGAAGGGAUUUCUUCCCAACAUCCGCUUGUUUCUGUACAAAGACAACAUCAACAUGAGCGAGUGGAACAGACUCUCCCACUUUAACCAUCCCUAUGGCUUCAUGGGCUUUGCUUACGACGUGAUGCCCUCAGUGAAGUUGAUCCCCAGGCCACAGGAGCCACUCUUCGAACCGAAGCCCGGCGGCGAUGGCUGCAUUCGUUGCGCUGUGGUGGGAAACGCCGGCAUCCUCAACGGCUCCAAAAUGGGGAAAGAAAUCGAUGCACACGACUUCAUCUUUCGGAUGAACGGGGCCGUGAUCAAAGGUUACGAGAGCGACGUGGGGAACAAAACGAGCGUCUACGUCCACACGGCUCACACCAUCACCACCUCCAUGUCCAUUUUAAAGAAGUACGACAACGAGGCCAUCCCCCACGACGAGGGUAUCAAAUACGUGCUGAUGCCAGCGAACUUGAGGGACUUUCAGUUCCUGGGAGGACUCCUCAAAGGAGAAAUUGUGCCAGUCGGCCAGUUCAAAAACACAAGGCCCAGGAUGUACUACGGGGAGCAGUACAACGAGAGCCGCUUUUACGUCCUGCACCAGGACUUCCUCCGAUACUUGCGGAACAGGUUCUUGUAUUCUCCCAGCUUGGCAAAGAAGCAUUGGGCAAGCUUCAGACCGACCACCGGUGCUAUAACCAUCUUCCUGGCUCUCCACACGUGUGACCAGGUGGAUGCUUACGGUUUCAUGACAGAAGACCACGCCAAAUACUCCAACUACUAUUACGAGAGGGAGCAGAAACACGUCCCCAUGGUCUCCUCUCAUGACAUUUUGAUGGAAAUGAAACUCUGGAAGCAACUCCACGACGGCAAAGUCAUACGUUUAUAUCAAAGACUUGAACAAAAACCUCUCAUUUAACACGGCGCCAACAUACUUAAAGUACCAGUAUGGUCUGAAAACAAGUUGCCUCUAUAAUGAGGCUAUGAUCAUAUACAAACCCCGUUUCCAUAUGAGUUGGGAAAUUGUGUUAGAUGUAAAUAUAAACGGAAUACAAUGAUUUGCAAGUCCUUUUCAACCCAUAUUCAGUUGAAUAUGCUACAAAGACAACAUAUUUGAUGUUAAAACUCAUAAACAUUGUUUUUGUUGUUGCAAAUAAUCAUUAACUUUAGAAUUUGAUGCCAGUAACACGUGACAAAGAAGUUGGGAAAGGUGGCAAUAAAUACUGAUUAUAUAUAAAUACUCAUCAAACACUUAUUUGGAACAUCCCACAGGUGUGCAGGCUAAUUAGGAACAGGUGGGUGCCAUGAUUGGGUAUAAAAGCAGCUUCCAUGAAAUGCGAAGUAAUUCACAAACAAGGACGGAGCGAGGGUCACCACUUUGUAAGCAAAUUGUCGAACAGUUUUAGAACAACAUUUCUCAACGAGCUAUUGCAAGGAAUGUAGGGAUUUUACCAUCUACGGUCCGUAAAAUCAUCAAAAAUUUCAGAGAAUCUGGAGAAAUCACUGCACGUAAGCGAGGAUAUUACGGACCUUUGAUCCCUCAGGCGGUACUGCGUCAAAAACCGGCAUCAGUGUGUAAAGGAUAUCACCACAUGGGCUCAGGAACACUUCAUAAAACCACUGUCAGUAACUACAGUUGGUCGCUACAUCUGUAAGUGCAUGUUAAAGUGAAGUGAAGUGAAUUAUAUUUAUAUAGCGCUUUUUCUCUAGUGACUCAAAGCGCUUUACAUAGUGAAACCCAAUAUCUAAGUUACAUUUAAACCAGUGUGGGUGGCACCGGGAGCAGGUGGGUAAAGUGUCUUGCCCAAGGACACAACGGCAGUGACUACGAUGGCGGAAGCGGGAAUCGAACUUGCUUGCAACCCUCAAGUUGCUGGCACGGCCGCUCUACCAACCGAGCUAUGCCGCCCCAAAGCUCUACUAUACAAAGUGAACGCUAUUUAUCAACAACAUCCAGAAACGCCGCCGGCUUCUCUGAGCCCGAGAUAAUCUAAGAUGGACUAAUGCAAAGUGGAAAUGUGUUCUGUGGCCUGACGAGUCCACAUUUCACAUUAUAUUUGGAAGCUGUGGACGUGGUGUCCUCCGGAACAAAGAGAAAAAUAACCAUCCGGAUUGUUAUAGGUGCAAAGUUGAAAAGCCAGCAUCUGUGAUGGUAUGGGGGUGUAUUAGUGCCCAAGGCAUGGGUAACUUACACAUCUGUGAAGGCACCAUUAAUGCUGAAUGGUCCAUACAGGUUUUGGAGCAACAUAUGUUGUCAUCCAAGCAACGUUAUCAUGGCCGCCCCUGCUUAUUUUAGCAAAACAAUGCCAAGCAACGUGUUACAACAGCGUGGCUUCGUAGCAAAAGAGUGCGGGUACUCUCCUGGCCCGCUUGCAGUCCAGACAUGUCUCUCAUCGAAAAUGUGUGGCGCAUUUUAUAGUGUAAAAUACGACAACAAGACCCCGGACUGUUGAACAACUUAAGCUGUACAUAAAACAAGAAUGGGAAAGAAUUCCACUUGCAAAGCUUCAACAAUUAGUUUCCUCAGUUCCCAAACGUUUAUUGAGUGUUGUUAAAAGAAAAGGUGAUGUAACACAGUGGUGAACAUGCCUUUUCCCAACUACUUUGGCACGUGUUGCAGCCAUGAAAUUCUAAGUUAAUUAUUAUUUGCAAAAAAAUAUAAAAGUUUAUCAGUUUGAACAUCAAAUAUGUUGUCUUUGUUGCAUAUUCAACUGAAUAUGGGUUGAAAAGGAUUUGCAAAUCAUUGUAUUUCGUUUAUAUUUACAUCUAACACAAUUUCCCAACUCAUAUGGAAACAGGGUUUGUAUUUUUCCUGUAGGAUGCCUCUUUGGGGGUGGUGUUCGUGUAGUGGAAUUUCUGACCUUUUGUACCAUAUUUUGUGUCUGUCAAAGUCCGGAAAGAGAGCGAGGACACGACAGUAGUGGAAUGUCUGCUCAUUUCUCUUUUUGGGGCGGCGUGGCGCAGUGGUAGAGUGUCCGUGCGCAACCCGAGCGUCCCUGGUUCAAUCCCCACCUAGCACCAACCUCGUCACGUCUGUUGUGUCCAUAAGCAAGACACUUCACCCUUGCUCCUGAUGGGUGCUGGUUGGCGCCUUGCAUGGCAGCUCUCUCCAUCAGUGUGUGAAUGUGUGUGUGAAUGGGUAAAUGUGGAAGUAGUGUCAAAGCGCUUUGAGUACCUUGAAGGUAGAAAAGCGCUAUACAAGUACAACCCAUUUUAUUUAUUUAUCCUUUUUUCUAUUCUGAACCAUUGAAGGACCAUAUGUGGGUGAGAGUUGAAUAUAUGGUCGGUUUGACCAUGCUACAAAAUGUUUUGAUUGUUUGUUAUGGCUAAGGGAUUCAAGGAUGUUGCCGAACAAACAGGUCCAAAACAACGGGACCUUGACACAUGAGGGAAACAUAUAAAUGUAGACCAAGUCUGUGUGAUUCGCAUGAUUCUCAACUCAUCCAACUUCUCCGGGGGACGUUGUCCUCUGUUGUCCUCUGUGUUUUUUAUACACUUUUAUUUUUAUUUUACUGUUUUAAUUGAUUUUACCCUUUAAAAUAGUUUUUAAUCAUAUUUGUUUUUAUUUUGUUUUUAUUGGUUUUAUUUUUAUUCAUUUUUUCUUUUGUUCAGUCAUUGGUGGAGCAUAAUAUUGUUUUUAACAUGGCUGUGCAGCACUUUGGAAACGUUAUUGUUGUUUAAAUGUGCUAUAUAAAUAAAGUGGAUUGGAUUGGAUUGCAUGGACAAUUCAAUCCAACUUUGUACUUUUUGAUUAUGGGUAAAUAAAACUUUUGUACUAAAUUCA